UCCCUAUGUUAAUAGGAGCAGGACUCCUACUUUUUCCGGCAGCAACAAAAACAAUUCGUCGUAUGUGGGCUUUUCCAAGCCUUUUCUUGUUAAGUAUAGUCAUGGUUUUUUCAAGCGGCUUGUUUAUUCACCAAACAAAUAGCAAUUUUAUUUAUCAAUAUAUUUGGUCGUGGACUAUCAAUAAUGAUUUUUGUUUAGAAUUCGGACACUUGAUUGACCCACUUACUUCUAUUUUGUCAGUAUUAAUUACUACAGUUGGAAUUAUGGUUCUUUUUUAUAGUGACAAUUAUAUGUCUUAUGAUCAAGGAUAUUUGCGAUUUUUUGCUUAUAUGAGUUUUUUCAAUACCUCAAUGUUGGGAUCAGUUACUAGUUCUAAUUUGAUACAAAUUUAUAUUUUUUGGGAGUUGGUUGGAAUGUGUUCUUAUCUAUUAAUAGGUUUUUGGUUUACACGACCUAUUGCAUCGAAUGCUUGUCAAAAAGCAUUUGUAACUAAUCGUGUAGGGGAUUUUGGGCUAUUAUUGGGAAUUUUAGGCAUUUAUUGGAUAACAGGCAGUUUUGAAUUUCGGGAUUUGUUCAAAAUAUUGAAUAAUUUGAUUGAUAAUAAUCAGGUUAAUUUUUUAUUUGUUAUUUUGUGUGCCUUUCUACUAUUUUCUGGCGCAAUUGCUAAAUCAGCGCAAUUUCCUCUUCAUGUAUGGUUACCGGAUGCCAUGGAGGGUCCUACUCCUAUUUCGGCUCUAAUACAUGCUGCUACUAUGGUAGCGGCAGGAAUUUUUCUUGUAGCUCGACUUUUUCCUCUUUUUGUAGUCAUACCUUACAUAAUGAAUCUAAUAGCUUUGAUAGGUAUAAUAACGGUCUUUUUGGGAGCUACUUUAGCUCUGGCUCAAAAAGAUAUUAAGAGAAGUUUAGCCUAUUCUACAAUGUCUCAAUUAGGUUAUAUGAUGUUAGCCCUAGGUAUGGGAUCUUACCGAGUCGCUUUAUUUCAUUUGAUUACUCAUGCAUAUUCAAAAGCAUUGUUGUUUUUAGGAUCUGGAUCCAUUAUUCAUUCAAAGGAAGUUAUUGUUGGUUAUUCUCCAGAUAAGAGCCAAAAUAUGGUUCUUAUGGGUGGUUUAACAAAACAUAUUCCAAUUACAAAAACUGUUUUUUUUAGGAACGCUUUCUCUUUGUGGUGUUCCACCCUUCGCUUGUUUUUGGUCCAAAGAUGAAAUUCUUAAUGAUAGUUGGUUAUAUUCACCGAUUUUUGCAAUAAUAGC